GGGACAAUAGCCCAAACAGAAUCAAGACUACAAGAACCCAUCCUAGUUCAAGCAGAAGCCCAAAAGCAACAAUGCACGGCAAGAGUGUGGUCCUUCGGAGUUCCGGGAUGCUGGCUGCAGCCGAACUGAGCUGCCAGGUGGCUGAGAAGGAUGUGGCACGGAAAGAAUCCUUCAGUGCUGAAUGGAAAGACCUGUCACUCACCACGAGGCCUGAAGAAGGCUGGACUCGCUUUGAGGCAGACAAGAGACGCAAGGAAACCUACCACCAACAACAGGAGGCCCGGGUCAUAGUGCAGCGUUCCCCAUGGGGCAUCCUCCGGCUGGGUCUGCUGGGUGAACCUCUAGUCUCCUACCACCUGCCAUACCAGCGGGCCUUGCCUUUGCCCAUCUUCACACCCAGCAAGGUCGCACAGGAGCUCACACCAACCCUCUCAGAGUCGGUGGAGUCAUUGCCAGCAGUGGGCAUAUGUCCCGACAAGAUUCCCCUGGGCGAGAUCACCAAGGAAUUGCCCCUGGUCGUUCCACCCAGCCGCCCUGACUUCAAAAAAGCAGGCCUGCCCCGUUCAUUGUCCCGUUCCAUGUCUCAGGAGUUCCAGAGAGGUUGAGCUGUGGGACCCUCACCUCAACCAUUCCCCUUUUGGAACUGGCUUGGAUGCCUCGGGCCCCGCACCCCCGUCUGUUGCUGCAUGAGGACAGUCCGAAGGGGCCCAAACGUGUAGAAAAGACUUGGUAGGAUUGAACCCAUCUCGAUUAUUCAAACUGAGAACUCUUGGAAGGCAAAGACCGUGGCUGUAUCUCCGUGUAUAUGUAAUUAGUUGUACAGCAUUGUGCUCUUCCAUCGCCAGUGCUUACAUCAUGGCAUUAUGUGUUUGUUUGUCUUUAAAGCCUGUAUCCAUGGAGGAAGCCUAGCAAGGGUGUGAAAAGGGUGUGUGCGCAACUGCUAGGUGCUUAAGAGAACUCCCUAAAACUAUAUGGUAUGAAAUGAAUUUGCAGACAAAUGGUUAAAGUGAAGGUUGAUAGGAACCAUGAUUCCUAGAUUUAGCAGGAGAGACCUAGGACUCCUGGGCUCUAGCACUGGGAGUGGGGUUUAAUGGUUUGCAGCAAGUGCCAGAGUGUGAAAGAAGGUGGAGAUGUUCUUGCUUUGGUAACAGCAAGGAACUGAUAGAAGCGGUCUAUGCAUGUGCUUGAAAAACCUGCAUUUUGUAGCAAAGGAGGAAUGAGAGGAUGAUGGGACCAGGCCUAGUCUAAGCUGACCUUCUGGGUCCUGUUCCCCUAUCUUUCAACAGACCUGCUACGGGACUUCUUGCAGUGCUUAAGUGUCCCAAUUAAUGAACACAUGCCAUAAAAGAUGAAUGAUUACACCCUGGGGAGCUGAUGAUCCAGGGUUGAGUGAAAAGGUUUAGAUAAAAGGAAGAGGUUUUAGUCUGGGUAGAGCAGUUUUAAGAAGCAAUUUGAUCUCACACCCUGUUGAACUGUCCUCUAGGAUGCCACAAUGGUAUCCUAGUACCAUCGUGGCAAAGACAAGUCGUUGAAAAGUUUGGAGGGCUCCCCUGUGAAUGUCCGGUCCCCAUUCCCCCUGCCCUGAUAUAUUUCUUGUCCUCUGGUUUUCCUUUAAAGGCAAAAAGUAAAAUACUGUAUUUUUCUGUAUUGUAUUCUUAUCUAUUAAUAAAAUGAGGGGAAAGACCAGA